AUGCCAGAGCCGCCGCAGAGGCACUCUGAGCUAGCAGAACAUCCAUUUGGAGAGCUCUUUGCGCAGGCUGAGGCUGAUCACCUCCAGAGCCACGCCGAGAUGCGAUCCUGGACAGAGAUUUCCAGCCGCGACAAGCGGGUCAGAGGGCACAAAGUGCUUGAUUGCAGAUGGGUUUACGUGUACAAGUUCGAGAAGCAUGGCAGAUUUGCUAAGGCAAAGGCGAGGCUGGUCGUCAGAGGCGACCAACAGCUCAGAGGAGCAGCCCAAAAUAACUAUGCCGCAACGCUUGCAGGCAGAUCAUUCAGGACAGUGAUGGCGAUUGCCGCCCGAUUCGACCUCGAGUUAUUGCAGUUUGACGCAGCCAACGCAUUCGUCAACGCAGAUCUGGACGAAGACGUCUUCAUGCGCAUGCCACCAGGGCAUCGGCGGCACCAGACGAUCCUCAAGCUUAACAAAGCGCUCUAUGGCCUGCGCCGAUCGCCGCUUCUCUGGCAACGAACGCUCUCCAGGGCACUUGGCAAUCUUGGCUUUAAGGCAGUACCCCACGAACCUUGCGCAUUUACCAGAAACGGAGUUAUCAUUUUCUUCUACGUCGACGACAUUGUCAUCGCCUUCCGCGAGUCUCAGCGCCAGGAGGCACUCAGAACGAUGAUUCAGUCACGCACACGAUACAAACUGACUGGCGGCGAGCCACUCCAGUGGUUUCUGGGCAUGGAAAUCCUGCGUAACCGCUCCAACCGCCUGCUUUGGCUCUCCCAGAACCAAGAUUACGCCAUGAAGCUUUUCGGUGGUCUCAUCGCCUGGCGGGCGAACAAGCAGGACACCGUCACCACAUCGACCACUGAGGCAGAGCUCCUUGCUCUCUCACAGGUAGCCAAGGAAGGCCUUUUUGUCUCACGCCUACUCAAGGAGUUGGGCGUAACACUGGACUUACAGCGCCUAGUCAUUGAAGUCGACAACACUCAGACAAUCCGGCUAGUUACAGAGGAGAUCGCGAAACUCAAGACGAACCUCAGGCAUGUGGACAUCCACAACCACUGGCUACGGCAGGAAUACGCAGCUGGAAAGAUCGACGUCAUGUACACCAAGAGUGCAGAGAUGAUGGCAGAUGGCCUGACGAAGGCGCUUGUUCGGGAGCAGUUUGUUAGUUUCAGGGAGCAGAUGGGACUGGUUGAUGUGAGGGAGAGGCUCGCAGAGAGCAGGAAAAAGGAAGAAACAGAGAUAGGGUGGCAGAAGGGAUUCAGGAAGGUAGUGGCAGCUGAGAUAUCCAGUUUCGCCCUCGCGGGCUCAACUGAGGGGAUCAUCCUUGCCACCAGCAACAAGGCAGCCGUGAUGGCCUUGGAGCGACCACACCAGCAAUCAGGACAACAAUAUCUCUGUCAGGCGUACGAUGCGAUAAGUGCCUUACGCAAGGCGGGAAACACGAUCUCGGUCGUCUGGAUCCAAGCGGGUACCAAAAACGAGCUCCUGAACACAGCCAAAGCGAAAGCAAAGGAAGCAACACGGCAGGACGCUACGCCACAAACGCAGGAUCCUGCCAUGCGGUCAACAGCCCUCCGUAUCGCAUGGGCAAAGCGGGCACCGCCCACGUCCUUACCUGACAAAGUGGGCAGACAUUCCAAGAGAGUCGAUAUAGCGUUACCAGGGAAGCACACCCAACUAUUAUACGACCACCUGUCCCGAAGCGAGGCCGGCGUGCUUGCUCAGCUUAGAACAGGCAUGGCCAAGCUCAACACAUACCUGCAUCGCAUCAAAGCAGCACCGUCAGACCAGUGUACGUGUGGACAAGCCAGAGAGACAGUGGACCACUUCCUCUUCCGAUGCAAGCAAUGGGAUCAACACCGUAGGGAGAUGCUGCAAUGUACGGAUGUCCACAGGGGGAACCUCUCCUUCUACCUGGGAGGAAAGUCGCCCUCGGAUGACAAGGACUGGUCCCCCAACAUGCGGGCGGUGCGGGCGACGAUACGUUUUGCCAUUGCCACAGGUCGUCUGAGGACUGAACAACAACAGAAUGAAGCAAACUAA